AUGCUUUCUGUUGCUGACAACCUUUUGCGUAUAGUUAAUGCUGUUUUCCUGAUUAUCUGUAUUGGUCUGGCCUCGUCGCUGAUCAACACCAGGAAGAGACACUCCUCCCGUGUCAACUUCUGUCUGUUUGCCGCUGCGUACGGUAUCGCUACCGACUCCCUCUACGGUAUCUUCGCUAACUUCUUCGAGCCAUUGGCUUGGCCUCUGGUCCUGUUCGUCCUGGACUUCUUGAACUUCGUGUUCACCUUCACCGCUGGUACAGUCCUUGCAGUCGGUAUCAGAGCCCACUCCUGUAACAACAAGAGGUACCUGGAAAGAGAGACCAAGAUCGUCCAGGGCUCCGGCACCAGAUGCAGACAGGCCCAGGCCCUAGUCGCCUUCUUCUACUUCUCCAUGGCCAUCUUCUUGGCUAAGAUGAUCAUGUCCAUCGUAUCUGUCGUCUCCAACGGUGCCUUCGGUGCUAAGCUAAGAAGAAAGCACCACACCGAGGUCGGCGUCCCAUCCAUCUCCCAGGUCUAA